CCCCUGGCGGGCCGGGUCGGUGCGGUCGCAGCCCGCUCCCAGUGGACGGCUCGGGGCGGCGGGCGGCAUGUACCGGGGCAGGGGCGCGCGGGCGGCCGAGCCCGGCUCCCCGGGGCUCAGCACCGCGCAGCUCCGCGGCCUGCUGCAGGACGAGCCGCAGCUGAAGCGCAUCGUGCGGCUGAGCAUGAGCAGGAAGUUUCAGAGCUUGCAGCUGGAGCGGGAAACGUGCCUGGCUUCGAACUAUGCCCUGGCCAAGGAGAACCUGGCCCUGCAGCCGCGGCUGGAGAACAGCAAAGCCUCACUGGCCAUAAAGUACCAGGAGCUGCGGGAGACAAGGGAGGCGUGUCAGGAAAAGCAGCAGCGAGUGGAGACCUGCCUGAGGAAGUGGAGCCCACAGCGCGCCCUGAGCCAGCUCCAAGCUGCUCUGGAUGCAGCCGAAGCGGAGUCGGAGGCGCAGGUGGCGAUGUUCCUGGGCCAGGAGCUGCCCCUGGAUGCCUUCCUGGAAUUCUUUCAGCAGAGCCGGAUGCUGUCCCAUCUCCGCAGGACACAGGUGGAGAAACUGGAGCAGCUCCUGCGGAAGGAGAAGCAGCCCAGGUGGCUCCCCACGUGCUGCGAGGGGCAGCGAGCUGCCCCACUGAGCCCAGCCCGAGCCCAAGUUGCCCUGGUGCAAAACGCAGCCUCUCCCAAGAUGUUCCAGCUCCGCUAUGGCUACAGCCCUGCCCUGCUGGUCCCCUCUGACGCCAUCAUACCGUUCCCUGUGCCCGUUGCCCCUCCCAGCCGAAACCUGCCUCCCCUGGCCUCUUGCUCAGGCCAGUCGCCACCGUCUCACUCCAGCAUCCCAUGUCUGGGCUCCCCUCUGCGUCUGAUUGGACACAUCCCCCUACUCAGCCCGCGGCCUUUCCGCGUGCAGCAUGCGCACCUGUCCUACCCACAGAAGCAGGAGCCGCCCCACCGGUAACUGUUGGGACGAUGAGAUGUCCUCAGACCCGCGUCCUUGACAUACCAGCCGACCAGCGCACGUGAGCGUCUUGUGCUAGAGAAUGAAUGUGAACCAGACACUGCCCUCGCCUCGGCUCGAAGGCGUCGUUCACUCCACCCUGGGUUCUCAGGAAGUCUCCAUGGGGCGCUGCAGCCUGCGGGGGUGAUGUAAUGAACUGCUUCAGGAUGCAGCUAGCAGUGGGGUCUGUGUGGCUGCCACGUGGCCAGAGGUGGGAGCAUCAGAGGCAGCCUGGCAGUGGUUAAUUAUAAUGGGGAUUUCCCAAAAAGCUGGGUGCUGAAUUCUGGCCGGUAUUGCAUGGGGGCGUCUGAUUCUGCAGCAGGCGAGGGGGAGUUCAGGCUGGGGCAAGGGGAGGUUGUCAGAUGGCAGUGUCAGUGGGAGCGCAGCAGGCCUGUCUGGGAUGGGGAAUACACAGCGUGGGGAGGCGGGGGGGGUGGCUGGCAGAUUACGGGCACGGGGCAGGAUCCCAGCCGCACUGCAUGGGUUGGAGGUGAAUGCGGAUGAAAGGAGGCUACGGUGACAGGGAGGAGGGCCACAGCAGGUCCAUGGGGCACAGAGGGGAAUGCAGACCCAGGCGGGGGGCUAUGAGGUUACAGCAGGGGUCGGCAACCUUUCAGAAGUGCUGUGCCGAGUCUUCAUUUAUUCACUCUAAUUUAAGGUUUCGCGUGCCGGUAAUACAUGUUAACGUUUUUAGAAGGUCUCUCUCUAUAAGUCUAUA